AGUUAAGCGCCUUUCCCCCAAUCAGAGAUCACGUCCAGGUCUCUGCUCUGUUCUGAUUGGUCGCCUGGAACGUGUCAGUCACGGGAGAGCUGAAACCUGAUUGGCUGAGCGGCUGCUUCGGUGGUGUGAGAGAGUAAAGAAGAUGUCCACCGACCGAGAUGGAAAGAAGCUGGUCCGGUCCCCCAGCGGUCUCCGCAUGCUCCCCGAGAACCGGGCGCUUGUAAGUCCCUUCUGCCUGGAGGAGCCGCAGUGGGUACCGGAUAAAGAGUGCCCCCGAUGUAUGCAUUGUGAAGCCAAAUUCGACUUCAUAACCAGGAAGCAUCACUGCCGAAGAUGUGGGAAAUGCUUCUGUGAUAAAUGCUGCAGUAAGAAAGUGCCUCUACCACGUAUGUGUUUUGUCGACCCCGUGCGACAGUGCGGAGAAUGUUCUGUCAUCUCGCAGAAAGAGAUGGAGUUCUACGAUCGACAGCUGAAGGUGCUGAUGGCGGGCGCUACGUUCUGUAUUACCCAGGGAUCCUCCGAGAAGUCUGAAACAGUCGUGUGUCGGCUCUCCAACAACCACAGGUAUCUGUUUCUAGAUGGGGACAAUCAUUAUGAAAUUGAAGUUGCUCGAAUUUCCACAGUUCAGAUCCUCACAGAGGGGUUCACGCCUGGAGAUAUUCACACAUACACCAGCCUGCUGGAGAGCCAGUGCGUAAUUGAAGGGGGGAACAGUCGGGCAACAGGGAUGCUCAUUCAGUAUAAACCUCAAGGCUCCGAAGAGCUCCUACAGAUGAAGUUUACAACGAGCGAAGACUUUAACAGUAACAAAAAGAUGUCGGCAUCUUGGCUGGCCGCAAUGCACAAGGCUGCCAAGCUCCUGUAUGAAUCUCGGGACCAGUGAUUGAAGAGGAAAGGCUGCGCAGUGCAGAGUUUUAGAUGUAAUGGUCAUCAUUUGAUGCCAUCUACUUGCUCCUCUUUCCGCACACUAUGUACAGACUUCUAACUGCGAGAGUUUCUCACCGUAAUCGUGCAAUACAUAUUAAUGCUUCAGACCGUACGUUCACAGGCAAGGCCGGAGAACUCUAACCUUCACUCCUCAGCCUUUCUGUUUCAGCAGCUUUCGAUCCUGUAGCCAUUUUGACAUUCGUAUGAGCCUCAGCGGAACGCUCCUCCGACGUCUUGCGUCACCGUGGAAGAAUGAAGACUUUCUACACUAGAUCUCAGGUUCUUUUUCUCUCUUCUACAAAGCACUAAUGUUCUGGGCAAUAUGAUAGGAGUGGAUUGUAGUGAAGUGACAUUUGGGGCAGUGUUGCAAUCUGAGCCCCAUCUCCGAGUAAAGUGCCCAGGGUUUACCCGAUACCUGUACUUGUGAGAAGCAAGGGGCACCGGCUGCAUAAAUGUAUGAAUGUUUUACUUCAGCUCAUGUUCCUUAUGCACAGUAGGGGGGGGGGCAGCCAUUUUUAUUUUUUUUGCUUAUCUAUGAGCUAAUGUCUUUCCUAUGAGAGAGAUCGUAAUGUCACUAGUAGAGAUGAGCAAAUUUAAUAUUUUUAAAUUCGUUAACGCUUCGUUUCCUGGUAAAAGGUGA